GGCAUGGGCUGGUUGACUUAAAUGAGCUUCAUGAUACGUAUUGAACAAUACAAAUUAAGAAUGGCGCAUUCUCUCGCCCAGCACCGGCUAUCUGUGCCGAAGCCCAGUAGAGUGCAACAGUCUCGGUCGCGACUUGUCUCGAAACGGACAGCGUGCAUCGUGUAUGCUAAACACAAGACCGAACUCGAUGUGGUGCUUGUUGGCGACAUCGGUGGCACGAAUGCACGCCUGUCGGCAUGGAGGGUCGACCUGGAGGGCGCAGGCGCGACGCAAAUCGACAACGAGACGUACCCAAGUCAGGACUUCAAGAGCCUAGACGCGGUGGUAGAUGCCUUCCUGGCGCGCCCAGCCGUCCGCGAGCGGCCCCCGCAUGCAGCCGCGCUGGCCAUUGCUGGCGCCGUCAGCGCCAACAAGUGCCUGAUGACCAACGUAGAGCACUGGCCCAUCAUCGACGGUGAUGACAUCCAAGCGCGGCACGGUUUCCGGGUUGCACUGCUGAACGACUUUGAGGCGGUGGGCUACGGCAUUCCGGUGCUGGGCCCGCACGACGUGGUGCCGCUCAACGACGUGCCCGUGCAGCCCAAGGCGCCCAAGGUGGUGAUGGGUCCCGGCACGGGGCUGGGCGCGGCGCAGCUGAUGUGGGACACGGGACUGAACGCGUACAAGGUCUGGCCAGGCGAGGGCGCACACGCCACGUUCGCUCCGCGCGGAUGGAAGCAGAAGGCUUUGGCGCGCUUUGUGACGACGCGCAGCGGGCACUGCGAGAUUGAGGAGGUGGCCUGCGGCAGCGGCCUGGAGCUGAUCUAUGAGUUCCUGCAGUCGGACGAAUCGGCCAACCGGCCCGACCUGCUCAAGAACCGCACCAAGAAGGUGGUGAAGGAGAUCUCGGCCGCCGCGCUGGACGGCUCCGACCCGCUAGCGGUGGAGGCGGUGGACCUGCUGUUCGCCAUCGUGGGCGCCGAGGCGGGAGCCAUGGCGCUCCGGUGCCUGGCAAAAGGCGGCGUGUACAUCGCCGGCGGCAUCACGCCCAAGCUGCUGCCGCGCGUCAAGGCCGGCUCACUGCUGGAGGGCUUCCUCAUGCGCGCAGGCCGCGAGCCAUUCCACAAGAUCCUGGCGCAGACGCCGCUGUUCGUCAUCACCAACGAGCAGGUGGGCGCCAUGGGCGCGCGCGAGGUGGCCAAGAGCCUGCUGCACCAGCAACAAUAAAUGCCGCUGGACUGGGUGCAAGCCAAGGAGCCAGGCAGGAUCUGGAACCCAGGGCUGGGACUACCGCGCGCGCAUGGCAGAUAGGAUGCAUUAAGGGCGGCCGAGGUUUGGUAGCUGAGUCCGCCAUAGUCUCGGCCUGGGCGGCUUAGCAGCAGUGUGUAGCGGCUAGGCCGGACAGGGCUUAAGUAGCGCGCGUAAAUGUUGAACUCCAGAAGGGCUGCAUGCGUCCGGGCCGACAAGGAGAUUGAUCAUGCAUUAGCUGUGGCAGGUGUGCAGCUGAGGGGUUGGUGUGCGCGAGCGAGCGCGUGAUGGCUCUGGGUGUAAGGCUGUCUUGCGCCGUC